AUUGCUUCUGUCGCUGCUACUUCAACUCCCGGCGUGCAUCUCGGUUGGACCGGAAGUGCUUUGUUGUGACCUUGGCGUGUCAGGUUAAGUAGAAGAAGAAGCAGCAUGGCCGGGCAAGAACCUGGAGGUUUUCUGCAGCAGCUGAGGCAGAUUGCAGGCCGGAUGUCCGCUGGUGGUCCGAGAGGCACCGGCCUUGGGAUCAAACUGCUCAUCGGUGCUGGUGCUCUGGCUUACGGUGUCAAAGAAGCUACAUACACAGUGGAAGGUGGACAAAGGGCCAUCAUCUUCAACAGAAUUGGAGGCAUUCAGAUGGACACAGUUCUGUCUGAGGGGCUGCAUUUCAGGAUACCGUGGAUCCAGUAUCCAAUCAUUUAUGACAUCCGAGCCAAACCGCGCAAGAUUUCAUCCCUCACAGGAAGCAAAGAUCUUCAGAUGGUAAACAUCGCUCUGCGUGUGCUGUCUCGACCUGUUGCCUCCAAACUGCUUCUCUACCAGCACCUGGGGCAGGACUACGACGAGCGGGUGCUGCCCUCCAUCGUCAACGAGGUCCUGAAGAGCGUCGUAGCCAAGUUUAAUGCCUCGCAGCUCAUCACCCAGAGGGCUCAGGUGUCUUUGCUGAUCAAGGAACUUUUCGAAAGAGCUAAAGACUUUAACAUUAUCCUGGAUGAUGUGGCCAUUACAGAACUCAGCUUCAGCAGGGAGUAUACAGCUGCUGUAGAAGCCAAGCAAGUUGCCCAGCAGGAGGCCCAGAGAGCUCAGUUCUAUGUGGAGAAGGCCAAGCAGGACCAGAGGCAGAAGGUCAUCCAGGCUGAGGGAGAGGCUCAGGCUGCUAAAUUGCUGGGUGAAGCCGUAACAAAGAAUCCUGGCUACCUUAAACUAAGACGCAUCCGAGCCGCCCAGAACAUCGCCAAGACGGUGGCGACCUCACAGAAUAGAGUAUACCUGAAUUCAGAAAAUCUAGUACUGAACCUGCAGGACAGCUCCUUCAACAAUUUGUCUCUGGGGAAAUAAGAAGUAUCACCCCGGGGAAGUGCAUUCCAUGUGUUGAGCAUCUGUGCUGUAUUUAACGUCUGCUGCAUAUUGACCUCUCGCAGCAGUGACUGUCUCUGAGUGCAGGUUUUCCAGCAAAGGGGUUGGGUACCCUUUACACUAACACACACACACACACACACACACACACGUUUAGACACAACCCGUUUAUUAAAGGGUUUGACCAUUAGAUACAAAUUACAUAAUUUACGCCUCAUUGUUUAAUAAAGAAUUGAUUUAAAAUCAGCUAAUGAAUUGAGGCAUUGAGAGAAAUAGUUCUGUCCACUUCCUGUAUGUGUGAAACAUAGUAUUAUAAAUACACACCCUAUGUAUGAUGUUCAUAAGGGCCACUCGGCUGUUAGUAACGCUUUACACUUUGGAUUUUUCAGCAAUGUGUAAUCUGUCAAAACACCCAAGCACUUGAAGGAGGUUCUAUUAAAUAUUUCGAUUUUUUUUCUGA